AUGCAUCCCAAACCUAUCACGACGACUCUCUUGCUUCCGCUCUUUUGGCCAAUUUACCCGCACUUGUUCGUGGUAGGCAACACGAAAGAGGGCGAAGGGCGUCGGCGGCGGUGCGGCGGCCGGCGGCCCGGCGGGUGCGCGCGGAGCGGCAGAGGGUGGAGUCGGUCCGGAGGAGGCGGGGCAGCGGCGUGCAGCCGCCGGGCUAGCCGAAAGCCGAAACGGCGAGGCGCCGUCGCGGGGUCGGCGCGGAGGAGGACCCGGUGCCCGGUGAGCCGCCGAGCACCGCACGGGAGGUCCUGCAGCCGAGCAGGUCGUCGCCUAUUCAGGGGCGUGCGGCCGCCGAUCCGCCGUGCCGUGCUACAGCGUAAAGCAGCUGAGGCCCCGAGGCGGCGGCCUCGUGUGGCUUGUGCAGCCUCGUGUUGCUUGUGCAACCAAAUACGAAGUUCAUUUCAGCCUGGCCUCUACAAAUCAUCUGGGCCUGAUCGAGGAAUAGAGCAAGAACCAGUGAACCACCCCCGAGACAUCCAUUUACACACCGGCGGGUGCCUCGCAGUUCAGAGGAUCGCCAAUUUCCAGGACUACCACGACCUUUCAGAAUUCACAAAGGCCAACCUUGCGACAGAAGAAAUUGUGGCCACAAGAAAUGAUUCGUUUUAUUUAAUCUGCUGAGGAGAGGAACUUGCAGGAAUCUCAGAGUAAACACAAAUAGUUAGGCCAUGGAACAACAUAAUAAAGUCAGGAGGACAUGAAGAAUCAGUAUCUGCAAUUCCCUGAAUAUGUAAAACUUGCAUGUAAACCAUAUUUAUAAUUAAAAAUUAUGUAACAUUUGGAAUAUGUAAUGACAUAGUAAAAUAGUUCAAAAUAUGAUAUGAAGUGUUUAACUCCCACUCAA